CUUAUAUUAAUUUCAUAACCUUAAAAUGUUGUAAAUAAAGUGAAAAGUCUAUAUUUACAUUAAAUAAAGAAUAUGUAAUAUUAUAAUUUGCUUUACAAUGUCGGUCGAAAAAUCUUUAUUUUCCAAAUAUGUCACAAUAUUUUUUGUGGUUAGUGGAUACUGGAUUGUUUCUAUUACUACAGUUUUUGUCAAUAAAACAUUAUUUAGUCACAUUGACUUGGAUGCCCCAAUGUUUGUAAAUUUUACUCAAACAUUAAUUACAGCAGCAAUAUGUUAUAUGAAGAAGAUUCUUAGUACAACAUACCCAAACACAUUUAGAUUUCCAGAUGUAGAUUUAUGGGACAAACACACUUUGAAAACAGUAUUACCUCUUUCUAUUCUGUUCACUACAAUGAUCUCUACAAACAAUUUAUGCUUAAAAUAUACAUCAGUAGCCUACUACUAUAUUGGAAGAUCACUCACAACAAUAUUUAAUGUAGUAUUUACAUUUUUAAUACUGGGAGAAACAACUUCAAGAAAAUGUAUAGCUUGUUGUGCUGUUAUUAUAGGUGGUUUUUGGUUGGGAGUUGACCAAGAAAAUUUAGCAGGAAGUUUAUCAAUACCUGGAUUUAUAUUUGGCAUUCUGGGAUCCCUAUCAUUAUCACUAUUUUCAAUAUUUACAAAAAAAGUCUUACCUAAAUUAAAUGGUGAAAUUUGGGCAUUAUCCUAUGCUAAUAACGUUUAUGCCAGUAUUCUUUUAUUUUUUGUUAUGAUUUUAAAUAAUGAACUUGGGGAAUUAUACAAUUACCCAAAAUUUUCCGAAUUAUUUUUCUGGUCCAUAGUGAUAGUUGGAGGGGUUUGUGGAUUUACUAUUGGAUAUUUUACAACAUUGCAGAUAAAAUAUACAUCAGCAUUAACUCAUAAUAUAUCUGGUACUGCAAAGGCGUGCGCACAAACAGUACUUGCUACUUAUUGGUACCACGAAACAAAAUCCCUAUUGUGGUGGACCUCGAAUUUUAUAGUAUUAUCAGGAAGUGCUUGUUAUACUUGGAUUAAACAGCUUGAUAUGGAAAGAAGACAUAAGGAGAAUAUUGCAUAUCAGAGAGUUUAGAAUUUAAUUCGAAAAGAAAUACUUGUAAUAAAUUCCUGAACAAAAAGGGCACAUUGAUUUAUUUUAUGUGAUAACGCCAACACUGUAAUUUAAGUUUUCAAAAUAUAUUUAAAAUGGUUGUUUAUAAA